AUCGCAAAGAGUAUCGCAAAAAUAAAAGAACGCCACGCAACUAAUAUACAUCCUCAGAAACCUAUCACCACAAAACCAGAAAUCAGAAAUCAGAAACUAAAACAAACUAAGCCCCCAAACAGAGAAUCCCCCUUAGGGUUGGUUGACUAGGAGAGCUUUCAGGAUACAGGCAGCAGGCAGCAGGCGGCUGAGGCUCCCAAGGCAAGGAUCCCAGAUCCCUAGUCUGGGUCCUGGUCCGGAUACCGAGAUCAGGGUAGUUUGAGUUCUAGCUCAAAUGUUCAAUUCUCGGAAUAAAAACAAACACAACACAUCUCGUACCCACUCAACCGUAGACAAACAAAAAAACCAAAAAUCAAAAGAAUCCCGCAAGCCGUAGAAUCGAAGCCAGGAGUAGAGGAGACUCAAGAAGCCGGGAACCGGAACCGGAAGCUGAGCCACACGAACCGAAUGAUGUUAGACAUUAAGAAGACCAGAGGAUUCCACAAGAUUCCACAGGCAUCCAAAUUACAGUCGGCGAACGCGGCCCCAUCAGCCGUAGCAGGACCAUCCACCGGAGGAUCAUCAGCAUCAGCAUCCGCAGCAGCAGCAGCCGCUGGAGAGACAAGCGUAGUCACAGCAACAGCAACUGGUAGCCACAACUCUUCGUCGCGUCGAGGUUCCGGCUCCAUUUCGCGACUAAAGGGGAGUAAACACACCACGGCAACCACUGGUGCUUCCGGCGGAGCAUCGGUGGCUGUGGGCAAAUCGCACGCCGCCUUGGCGGCAGCCAAAUACGGCGGAGGUGGAGUAACUGCAGCCGUACGCUCUGGAACUGGAACUGGAGCAGGAGCAGGAGCAGGAGCAGGAGCUAAUCCAGUGCGAGCCGCCAAUCAGCGCUACUUCCUGGUAUCCAGCUACAAGGACCCCACAUUCCUCAAGGCCGAAUGCGAACUGGCCCAUGCCCAGGUGACGACCCAUCAUAAGGGCCAUAAAGCCAGCGGCGGCGGACCUCACACCGGCCACGGCAAACGCAAUCGGGCCGGGGAGGAUUCCAGAAACAACAAUCCCGGUAUAGGAUUAGGAACAGGAACCGGGCCAAGCGGACAUCGAUCGAAUCCGGCCGGGGGGCUGGGUGAUAUGCGACGCACGCCCAUGUUCAAUGGCAAUCAGCAGACCGGCAGCAACGGCAUCGGCAUCGGCAUCGGCACCGGCACCUCCACGAGCACCAACAACACCACCUCCAGCACAACCACAACCACAACCACUACCACCACCACCACCACUACCAGCAACCUGCUCAAGUACAGUGCCAGGGCAGCGGGAGGAGCCACUGCGUCCGCCCACCACCACCACCACCAUCACCACCACUCCCAGCAGCAGCAGCAGCAGCAGCAGUUGCAAUCGCAGCCACAGCAGUCGCAUAAGCUUCACAAGCUGAAGCCCAUCCACGGCAGCUGCAACAACAAUUCGGGCACUCCCGUAUCCGUAUCGAUUAUGAAUGGUCACUCGACGGCCACAACCAACAACAACAACAACAGCGGUGGACUCAACAGCAGCAACAACGCGAUCAACAACAACAUGCAACGGCAGCAGCACCACCACCACCACCAGCAGCAGCAGCAGCACGACGACAUCAGCUACAUAGACAGCGAUGAGCCGGCAUCGGGAUCGGCAGGAGCCGUAGCCGGAACUGGAUUAGCGAGUUCGGGAGGAGCAGGAGCGGGCACUGGCGGUAUCAAGUCCAGCAUUUGCUACUUCAAGCCGAUCACGCCGCCGCAGCUGAGACACCACCACCAGCAGCGGGAGCAGCGACGGGGAGACGACCAGGAGACCCAGGCUGGCAACGGCAAGCGCUACGCCCGGCCCAAGUCGACCAUCAUCGCCUCGGCCCACUCCAACUUCGCGGCCAACUACGAGAAGUUCAACAACUACCGCCAGACCAAUGGCACCUCUGACCACGCCGCCGGCUCGGAACCGCGUCACAGUGCCGGGGGCGGGGGCGGGGGCGUGGGCAACCCCAGCAGCAACGCCCGGCGCUACGGGAUCGACUCGCUGAGCAUCAAGGCGUCGAUUGAGAAGUUCAACAACCUGAGCGGCCAGAAGCAACGGCAAGCGACUCCGGCGCCAGUGCAGGGAGCCGGAUCACGGGCAGGCUCGUCGGGCAGCUCGGCGGCGUCCGGGCGCAGCAGCCAGAACAUUGGGAGCAGCAGCGGGAAUCUGCAGCAGCGCUUCAGCAGCGAUCUGGACAACGUGCGCGUGGCGGCCGGCUACAGCAGCUCCUUGACCCGCACCCCGUACCGGACGACGACCAGCGUCGGUCAGGCGGCGCCGCCGACAGCCGCCGGCUCCGGCAUCGGGUCGACGGCGGUGGUGACGCCCAUGAGCAAGGUGACGAUGCGGGGAGCCCAUGCCCAUAGUAGCAACAGGCAGGCGGCCGACUGCGAGGCCAUGACUAAGGUAACGAACAACGACAAUGCCGCGACAGCCACACCAGCUGCAGCAGUGGCAGCCACACCACCACCACCACCACCACACCAGCCAUCAGCCACGUCUUCCGUCUCCACCACAGCCACAGCCACAGCCUCCAGUACAGUCCCCGACACAAGUACAGCCCCAGCUUCAGGCCCGGUAUCCGCCGCCGCCACCGCCGCCGCCGCUGGCGAUAGUACGCAGGCGAGGAGCGUCACCGGGAGCAGCGGCAGUGCUCGGAGCGUCCUGCCGCCCGUGUCGCCGACGUCGAGCCGCUACUGGGACCACGACCGCGAUGGAACCACCAGCCGCAGCACCGUCGGCAGCACCUCAUCCGCCCUCACCUCGUCCUCGCUGAAGCACAGCACCGACGACGGCUACAAGAGCGCCGCCUCGGCGACCCGGGAGGAGAAGUCGGAAGGUUUGUGCGGUCUGAGAAAUAUUGGGAACACGUGCUUCAUGAACUCGGUCAUCCAGUGUUUGAGCCACACCCAAGAGUUGACCCGCUUCCUUCGCUCGCACCAUGGAUCGCGUUCCUCCUCCACCAAGGAUCAGCAGAUACUCCACGAAUUUGCCAAACUCAUCCAGGAGAUGUGGACCUCGAAUGUGCACACUGUGACGCCGAUGGAGCUGAAGCGCGCCUUCUCCACUAAGCACCGAAUGUAUAGCGACUACAACCAGCAGGAUGCCCAGGAGUUCCUGCGCUUCUUCCUCGACUCGCUGCACUCGGCCCUCAACUCGGGCGUGAAGGGAGAGACGCUCAACAUUGACGAUAAUCUCAGUGACAAUAAGAAGGCCGACCUCACCUGGGAGUGGUACACGCGGCAUGAGAACUCGCUGGUGCGCGACCUCUUUGUCGGACAGCUGAAGAGCACCCUCAAGUGCACCACCUGCGGCAACACUAGCGUUACCUUCGACCCGUUCUGGGACCUGAGCGUGCCAUUGCCCUCGUCAUCGCGCUGCAAGCUGGAGGCCUGCCUGGACCUCUUCAUUCGCGAGGAGGUGCUCGACGGCGACGAGAUGCCCACAUGCGCCAAAUGCAAGACACGCCGGAAAUGCACCAAGAGUUUCACCAUCCAACGUUUCCCAAAAUACCUAGUUAUACACUUGAAACGUUUCUCGGAGACGCGCUGGAGCAAGCUCUCAAACAUCGUGGAGUUCCCCACCAUGGAUCGCGAACUCAACAUGGGCUCUUAUGGCGCCAACUCCAACUCCAAUGUGCAUUACUCGCUCUACGCGAUAUCCAAUCAUAUGGGCUCAACUGCUGGUGGGCACUAUGUGGCCCUGUGUAAGCAUCCCGUUUCCCGUAAGUGGCACGAGUUCAAUGAUAACAUUGUCAGCGAUGCCUUGUCCGAAAACUUUCUCGUUUCAUCCAGUGCCUAUAUACUUUUCUAUGAGCGUGCGUAAGGUGUCCGCGCUAUACUAAGUGGUGUACUCCGUAAAAAAAAAAAGAGAAACUGGGACGAAGUCGGAUGGCAGCGGCAACAAUUCUGUGCAAGGGACGGGAUAGGAGGAGCAUCUACGAACUAGUGACAUCUAAGCUGGAUUCGGAUAUUCGGGAAGACGACGGGAAGAGGGAGGACGGAGGACGGAGGAAGCGAACGGGGACGGGGACGGCGAUCACAGCCAGCGCAGGCAACCGGAGGAGGAGGCAAACUUGUAGAAACGCUUCGUAGAACCGCAUAAAAUGAAAAUUACUUAAUUUAACUCAGCUUAACUGCAGCAAAGGCAAAUGAAACGCAACUAACACCCAAGAACCCUUAGGAAAACCCAAAACCAAUUGAGCCAGAGGCAGAGGCAGAGUCGGAGACGACAUGGAGUCAGAAGCAAAGUAGCAAGUGUGCAUAGGACACAAGGACAAGUGUACAUACUACAUAUAUGAACUUCGAUGUCUAAACAAACAACUAAAUACAAACAGAACAGAGAAACAAUGAACUUGUGAACAAACAAAAAAAAAACAACAACUUUCGGCAAACCAAAACCAAACAAACCAAACAACCAAAUGCGAAAGCAAAACAAAGGAAUAUUCGGAUACAUCCUGAAAAGAACCAAGCGAAUCGAACUAUUUACAGGAUUCUUUUGUAUCACACACACCAUGCCACACACACACACACUAAACAAACACACAACAUGCACACCAUAUACACACCCUCACACUAAAUCUCGAAACAAAAAGCUCGAAAAUAAGCAACAAAUGCAAUCAGCGAUCUAUGUUUCAAUAUUCCUCUCUUUAAGUGUUAUUUAUUAAAACAAAAUUUUUACAUUGAAUUAACCGGAGGAUCGUGUCUCUUUCUGACCCUCCUCCUCCUCCAGGCGUAGUCCAGUUUCCUACUAAAAUCUAAUAGAAUUAUGCAUUGGUUUGCCGAAAAGAGUGUCAUGUGGUUGUGUGUAUAAAGAAAAAGUCAAAACUAACUACGAGGAAAAGUGAAAAACCAAAAACCGGGAAACUUCGAAAGCUUCGGAUUAAAGGACUCAUAAAGGAUUCGGAUACUCGGAAGAAAACUAAAUAUUUCAAUUCGUCUUUCUUGUGCAAUAUAUUUCAUAAAAACAAUAAGAGAAAUAAGAAACAAAAUGCUGCAAUAAAUAGUUCCAACCUAGAACUAACAGAAUUAACAGAACAGAAAACCUUAAAGAAAUAAGAACAAAACAUCGCAAUCGCACCACAAAUCACACUAAACCUUAACUAGGAGGAGCGGCUUUUUAGCAACUAAACAAACAAUAGCAAUUAAUUAAAUGAUAAUUGAUAAUUGAUAAUUGAUAAUUGAUAACGAGAAGGGGAAACGAAAACGAAAACGACGCGCGUAAAGCUGAAAUCUGCAUUGUGAAAACGUACUUAUGAUAAAUGCUAGUAGUAAAAUUUAAACAAAAAUUAAAUUAAAGCGAGUGGGGCGCAGCGACAAUGCGAGCGAGAGAGAGACAACACCAAAAACACGAGUUCGAAAAAUACUGUUAUCGUUUAGCCAAGACACCAACCAAAAACCAUCCAGCCCCAUGGGGGGCCUAACUUCCCCAAGAUAAGACACCAACCGCGCGGACUCCGCCAAGGGCAAUAUGUAGAUCGUUAUGUCGUUUUUUUUUUUUUUGUUUAUUUAAAAUUAUUUCAAUUGUAUUAUUUAUGCGUUUGAUUAAUCGGGCGGAGAAGACCAGAACUAGUCUCAAAAAAGAUGCAAUGAAAGCUAUGUAUGAAAGCUAUACCUUAUGUUAAAAAUAAUAACUGUUUAUGUCGUACUUUCUAAUUUGUUUGAUUUUGUGCAUUGUAUUUCGUAGAAUAAGUCGAGAGUUUUAUCCCUCCACCCACUACCCACUACCCACUCCCCCCUCCCUCCCGAGAGUACACACUAAAAAUCAACUUAUACUUGCUAUAUAUAUAUACAUAUAAAGAAUAUAUAUUUUUGUUGCCUAUUUUGUUUUUAUACCUACAUGCAUAAAUGAUAUAUAUUAUGUAAUUUAUUUAUUUAUUGUAUUUAUGUAAAUGAUAUAUGACCACACAAAUACACAACACACACACACCAACACCCACACCCACACCCACAACCACUCAGUUACACUCAGCGAAACUGGAAUAAAUAUGUGUACAUAACUUAA